AUGAACGUCAAGGCGGCUUUGGCCAUUACUAUGGUCUUUGUGGGAUGUUGUUCCAACGUAGUGUUUUUAGAGAUGGUUGUAAAAGAAGACCCAGGCGCGGGUAAUUUAGCAACAUUCCUACAAUUUUUAUUCAUCGCCACAAUGGGAUUUAUUACAGUUGGAAAAUUCGGUACAGCGAAAAGAAAUAUUCCAUUCAAACAAUAUUUAUUACUAGUUGGAUUUUUCUGGACGAGUAGCGUUGCGAACAACUAUGCAUUCGAUUUCAACAUAUCGAUGCCUUUGCACAUGAUAUUUAGAGCUGGAUCGUUGAUGGCAAACAUGGCUAUGGGAGUAUGGAUCUUAAAGAAGAGCUACCCACCUUUGAAGUACCUGGCCAUCUUCAUGAUAUCAGCUGGUAUAGCUUUAUGUACUAUAGUAUCAAGUGGCGAUGUGAAAGCACCUAGAGAAACUCACGAAGAUGCAGCUGAGGAAGAGAGACUGAAGUUCAUUGACUGGCUCUGGUGGUGUCUAGGAAUAGCCAUCCUAACCUUCGCCCUAUUCGUAUCAGCUCGUAUGGGAAUCUUCCAAGAAUCACUAUACUCAAAAUACGGAAAGCAUCCAUGGGAAGCGUUGUACUACACGCACUUACUACCACUAGUAUUCUGGUUGCCAACAGCCUCAAAUCUUAUUGGACACGUCAAAAUCGCCACAGAAACGCCUAUAGUAGAAUUCCUUGGCUUUGAAUUCCCAAGGCAAGUGUUGUGGUUAAUACUCUAUGUCUUAACUCAGGGAUUAUGCAUCAGCGCUGUUUACGUAUUAACAACUGAAUGUGCGUCUUUGAUCGUGACCUUGACAGUGACAUUAAGGAAGUUUGUAUCGCUUCUCUUCUCCAUCGUUUACUUCAGAAACCCAUUCACUCUUGGACAUUGGAUUGGUACUCUCCUAGUCUUUAUUGGUACCAUGAUCUUCACUGAGCUCCUACAGAAGACGGUAGCAUUGUUCGUACCAUCGAAAGUCGAGAAGAAGAAGAAGAAAUAA